UGUCCGUGUUGCUAUAGCUACACUGAACGGUGCGUCUGUUAAGUCCCACCCUCAACAGUGACCUGCACAUUUCUAUAGACAGCCGGUCGUUGCACUGUUUACUUUCUACCUGUUUACUCCCAAGGGGCAAAACUUUGAGAAGAGGAUUAACCGAGUUUAUCUUUUCACAUGAGAUCAGCCAGUGGCCAGUCGUUCUGCGUCCAGCACUGGAAUUCUCGGGAGAAUAAAACUUUUUUUUCAAACUUUAAAGAGGACGUUUUUCUUUGGUGAAAGAAUACGUAGAGAUUCUUCUGAGUUUUAUACACAUGAAAUAAAGGUUCUGCUGGCUAAUUAAAGAGGCGGUUGCUAAGAGAUGACGAGCAGCCUCGCAGAGAGCUUCUGAUGUGAUUUUGCUUUUAACCUUCAAUGCUCAGGUUUUCUGAACUGAAUUCAAACCCUCAAAAAAGAAAAAAAUCCAAUAAAGUGACAUGGCAGCUUUAACAAACACCUGUGCAGCCAAAGCAGCACGGAACUCACGCCUGAAAGAGGAACGAUUCUCUCCCCUCAGCACUGGCGAUAUGGACUGCAAUGGGACAGAACACCUGGAAACUGGACAGUUAACCAUGUUAGAAAAAACACAUGAGUUCUUCCAGAUAUGUGAUGUGGAAGAUAAAGGUUUUAUCACACGCAGGGACAUGCAGAGGCUUCAUGGUGAAUUACCUCUCAGUGCAGACGAGCUGGAGAAUGUCUUUGACACGCUGGAUGCUGAUGGAAAUGGUUACCUUACCUUGGAGGAGUUCACCACAGGAUUCAGUGAGUUCCUGUUUGGUCGAAAGAUUUCCAUCAGUGAGGUGCCACAGACGGAGGCUGUGUAUCAGAAUCAGUGGGAGGAGAGGCUGGCCGGUGGCGAGGAUGAUGAGGAGCGCCAUUUCUGCAUGCUAAUGGAGAGCCUCGGGGCCAGCAACCUCUUUGAAGAUCAAAGUGAAGUGAGGAGCCUGUGGGCUCAGCUGAGGAGGGAUGAACCCCACCUGCUGUCAAACUUCGAAGAGUUUCUCGCCAGAGUGUCAUACCAGCUGCAAGAGGCCAACAAGGAGAAGAAGGAGAUGGAGAGCGCACUCAAGAGGAAGGCAAUAACUCAUGAUGAUGAGAUACAGCGGCUGUAUGAAGAAAUGGAACAGCAGAUAAAAAAUGAAAAGGAGAGAAUACUUUUGCAAGAUUCAGAGAAGUUCCUGUCCCGCAGCCAGGAUCUGGAGCUUCAGCUUUCAAGAAAAGAGCAAGAGCUGGAUCAACUAGUUCAGAAGCAGAGGAGGCUGGAGCAUCAGUGUAUGGAUCUGCACAGCGAGCAGCACGAGACCAAGGUGCAGAACGUGAAGCUGAAGCAGACCAACGAGGAGCUGGGGAAGGACCUGGAGAGGACCUGCCAGGAGCUGGCCCUGGCCCAGCAGCAGCUCCAACAUCUCCAUGAGGAAGCAUCUCGGCUGCACGAGGAGAGAGAGAUAGAGGUAUACAGGGUUACAGAAGGACUACAAAGAGAGAGAGCAAGUCUGCUGAAACAACUUGACCUGCUGAGGGAAAUGAACAAGCACCUUCGAGAUGACCGGGAUGUGUGUUUUGAAAAGCCUAAGAGUUCAGUCUCAAAUUUCUCCUGGAAUCAGAGAUCCGGAUCGAUUGUUGGUAAAUACACAGAGCGAAAAACGUCUCUAAAAAGUGACGAUGAAGAUGUCUUAUCUAAGAGGAGAAACUCGGACAGUAUGAAUGGAGACUGCCAGGCGAACAAAGAGAACGACUACGAUAGUAAAAUGAUGAAGACGCGGCACCUCAGAAGGAUCAUCUCCAUUGAGGAAGACCACCUCCCACAGUUCCUGGAUGUGGAGUAUGGGAUCGAGCUGAAUGAGUGGACUGAGGAGGCUGAGGAGCAGGACGAAGAAGAGGUGGGACAGAGACGGCAGGCAGAAACUCUGGAUUCUGCUCAUGUUGUUGCAGCUUUAGGGACAACACAGAGCCCUGCUGAGCAGAGGGACCAGGUCUCCAGCAGUGGGGCACCAUCCUCUCCAAGAGGGCAGCCAGUAGGCAAGGAGACAGUGGCACACGAAGAAGGACGCAUUACCACCCCGGAUCGCUUAUUCAAAGUAGUUCUUGUAGGAAACUCCAGUGUGGGUAAGACAUCUCUUCUGAGACGCUUCUGUGAUGACUGUUUCUACCCCGGCACAUCAGCCACAGUAGGGAUUGACUACAGCGUGAAAACAGUGACAGUGGACAACAGCCAGGUGGCGCUCCAGAUGUGGGAUACAGCAGGGCAAGAGAGGUAUCGCAGCAUAACAAAACAGUUUUUCCGGAAGGCAGAUGGGGUCAUUGUAAUGUACGACAUCACAUCCGAGCUCACCUUCAUAUCAGUACGACAGUGGCUCACGAGCGUCCAGGAGGGAGCAGGAGAUGAUAUUCCCAUCAUGCUGGUAGGAAACAAAACAGACAAGGAGAGUGAGCGAGAAGUUCAGUUUAAAUCAGGGCAGCGGUUAGCUAAGGACUUGGAUUUGAUUUUCUAUGAGUGUAGUGCAUUUUCAGGUCAGAGUGUAAAAGUGUCCAUGCUUCACUUGGCACGAAUUUUAAAGGAGCGAGAGGAUAAAGAAAAGGAGAAGACGAUCCAGCUGGUAGAUGAUAGUUCAAAAAAGAAAUCGUGCUGUGCGCGACAGUAGUCACGUUAUUUGGAACUGACUUUUCUUUCCAAAGCAACUUUAUGAACUGUGCCAAGGGUCUCUGAAUCCUUGUUGGAUGUUUCACUCCCAUCAGUCAUGUUGAGCAAUCAAUGGAAACUACAGUACAUACUGUGCUUCAUGGCACACAGUCACUUCUCACUUUCAAAACUGUCACUGCUCACAGAAAAACGUUUUGCUCUUGUUUAGGUACCAUUGUGAAGUGACUUAGCUAGAUGGAGUGAGAUGGAGAAAGGGCAAUAGGAUUCCUUCAGGAUGGUUAUAAUGUCAAUGGGCCCUUUUCUGGAAAAUGCAAAGGCAAAUUGUAUCAAGUGUAACAGUAUAAAACUAGCAAGAAUCAACAUGCAUUGAAAUGUGCUUAAUCACACUCCUGUUAAUGCCAACCUCUGCUUACUAUCACCACAUUGACAUGCCCCAGACACAAUAUAAUAUAAUAUAAUAUAAUAUAAUAUAAUAUAAUAUAAUAUAAUAUAAUAUAAUAUAAUAUAAUAUAAUAAGAGUCAAUGAGGACAAGCUCCAGAUAAUAUCAAUUUGUUCAUUAUCAUCUUCCAGUUAAUAUCACACACAUUUAACAAACAUACAAACUGAUUUCCUUCCCACUUGAUAUCACUUUGGGGAAAGAAAACACAGGUUUAGAUGUAAGUAAGUUGCAAUACAGUAUUGAAAUGUUCCUGGUAUAAAGUAUGGUAGCACAAUGUGUCUGUUUACAGCUUUCCCUUGUGUUUCAUUAUUAGAGAGUGUUUCACAAUAUAACUGUACAAUAUGUUGAAAUUAAUUGUAUUGCUGUUUUUAGUUCAUACAGGAAUGUUUAUUGUCAACACUUAUUUUGCCAAUAAUUUUCUUUUGCCUUUGCUUCAAAAUAGGGCUCAGUAUAUUACUUUAAUUUGCUGCUAUGUAAAAAAAAACAUACCUAACCAAUUUGUAAGGAUCUGCCUAGUGAUGCUGUGAGUCCAUUUGAAAAUGGUGCAUUAUGGGUGUUUUUCUGAUUUAGAUGCUUUCACGGAGACAAACUGUGCCCAUUAAGCAGCAACACACUAUUAUGUAGUGUCUGAUGUCAUAACCUGGCAUGUUUAAUUGCUCUGCGGUGACAGCAGUGAAACAAACGUUUAUACUGACUAGCUUUAUAACCGGCCUAUAUAUAAACCGGCGUCAAACCAGGUGCAUGAAUGUAUCUAAAAAUGUUUUAUUUAUAAAUGUUUUGAAGUGUAUUACAUAAUAAUGAAGUUAAUGAUAUCUUUAAAAAUAUAUUUAAAAAUAAUAUAUAUUUUACUACUGCCUUAUUGAAGAAGCUGUUGUGAAGUAUUAUACAUAUAGAGUUUAUAUUUGAAGUUUCAA